UGGCAAUGACUCGCUUGCCGCGCGCAGGAGUCUCGGGGGCGUGGCUAAGGAGGCUGCGCGCGACCAAGUGAAUAGAUGUGGUUGACUGUGGUGGUUGGAACGUCGCCUUGGAAGAAGAUGCUGAUUUCUCUGGUACUGUGUGGAAUCCUGCUAAUAGGAAGGACUGAGGCUCAGGAUGAUGACUGGAUUGAUCCAACAGAUAUGCUGAAUUAUGAUGCAGCUUCGGGAACAAUGAGAAAGCCUUAUAAGCAGGUGAAUAAAGGUGAUUCUGAAAAUACGAAAGUAUCAACAGAAGCAGUGGCAAAAGUAACUGUGGAUAUUUCCCAGUGCCAAAGGAAAUUGGAUUCUCUCAUUCUGAAGGUUGAGGAAUAUGAAAAGAAAAAUAAAGCCAAGUUAUAUGAAAGCAAUAGCAUCCAUGUUUUUAAGAGGUACUUGAAUAAGGUUUUAAACGAAGCUGGAAGAAUUGGUCUACCUGAUGAUAGCUCCGGGGAUAUGCACUAUGAUGCUGAGAUUAUCCUCACUAAACAGACAUAUAACGAAAUUAACAGAUUCCUUAAUGAAGAGGGCUGGAAAUCAGCUGCUCUAGAUGAUGCACUUAGUGAUAUUCUGAUUAAUUUCAAACAUCAUGAUUACGAAGCAUGGAAAUGGAAGUUUGAGGAUUCAUUUGGAAUUGACCCAUACACUGCAUUCAUGGUACUUCUAUGUUUAGCGUGCAUUUCUGUAAUUGUUGCUACAGAACUAUGGACACACAUUGGUUGGUUUACCCAGCUGAAACGGAUUAUGUUCAUAAGUUUUCUCAUCAGCUUUGGAUGGAACUGGAUGUAUCUAUAUAAGAUAGCCUUUGCCCAGCAUCAAGCUGAAGUAGCUACAGUGGGCAAUUUUGAUGAAGUAUGUGCAGAAAAGAUCCAUUGGAGUGAUAGCAUUAUGGAAUGGCUUAGAAGCUCAUGGACCUUCCAGGAUGAUCCUUGUCAAAAGUAUUACGAAACGCUGUUAGUAAAUCCUAUUUUGCUCGUUCCUCCAACAAAGGCAUUGGCUGUUACGUUCACCAAUUUUGUAACAGAGCCAUUGAAGCACAUAGGGCAAGGCAUUGGUGAAUUUAUUAGAGCCCUCAUGAAAGAGAUCCCAGUGUUGUUACAGCUUCCUGUGCUGGUCAUUAUGGCAGGAGCAGUUUUGAUAUUUUGUUAUGGAGCAGGGAGAUCAGUCACUGCACUAAGGCAAUUAAGUCAUCAGGAGAAGCAGCCGCCGCCUGCAUUUCCCCCAUGGGAAGGACGACAGCACGAAUCGGUUCAAUAUCCACUACCAAAUGGGGCAAAACACAGGGGUGGCUACUUGAUGGGAGACAGUGGCAACAUCUCAAGAGGGCCUUAUGAUAGAGGAGAUGCUUCAGCAAACAGACAGCAGCCUACAACAACUGAAGAUUAUCACCAACGCAACAUUGAGGUUUUGCGAGCAGGUGAUAUGCCAGAUGACCCAACAGGGAAGCAUCCCAAGUUGGCAGUGAAAAGCAAUUUGUCUCCUGAAAAGCAUUCAGAAAAAGAACAAGAAAAGAAAAGUGAAGUCCAUUUAACUCAACUGCAUGCUAAACCAAGCGAUGACGCUCCUGAAAAAAUAGAGGGAAAAGGCACCGAGAAGAGUGUAGAUGAAGGAAAAACUAGUGAAGUAGAGAAGUCUUGCCACACAGAAGAACCUGUAAAAGGCAGCAGAGAUGAAACGAAGUGUAACGUUCUUGAGGACAAAAGCAUCAAAGAUCCCCUGUCGACAAGUAUCAAGAGGAAAGAGAGUAGCUCGUGUGGCUUGGAAGAAGACACAAAGACGAUAACAGAAAGCUUAAGUUUUACUGAACAAAGCCAGAGGAACACUGCUUCCUGAUAGACCUCCAUUUUUUUUACAAGGGAUUUUUUUUAAUGCAUCUGCUUUUAAAAGUGUAAAAUGCAACCAUCCUUCAACCCAGUAAAUUUACUUUGUCUAUUGAUAUCUACAGGAUCUUCUUACAUAUUAGUUAGGUUUAAAAAGGAUAUCACAAUUUUAUACAACAGCUAAAUUAUGUUACAUGGUAUUUGAUUUCAUACUGCAGUUUCAACAGAUUUUUAAAACAUAUUCUGUGACAACUGAUUUCACAUUUCAAGUAUAAAAUGAUCUUUUAAACAUUUUUGUAUUUGCAAUUAACCAGCAAAAUAAAGAUGUCUACAAAUGGAA